AUGGCGAUUUCUGAUGUUGUACUAUUUUGAAGGUACGUCAAUAGGACGAUUUUGUAAUGUGUAAUCCGGUAAAUACACUGUUUUUGGAAACGUAACAACGUACUUGAAUAAGUGCACAUGAUUACUUACAAAUGGGAGUUAAAUAAUACAAAAAUCAGGUGCAUUAUAUUAGCGCCAUAAAACUUGAUUUAUUAUUCGAAUAUAUAGUCAUAGUUGUAUUGACUAUCAUGACAGAUACCCGACGAAGAGUGAAGCUUUACGCUCUGAACGCCGACCGGCAAUGGGAUGAUAGAGGAACCGGUCAUGUAUCGUCAUGUUACGUAGAGAAGUUGAAAGGUACUUCGUUGUUGGUGAGGGCAGAGUCAGAUGGUUCCCUUCUUUUAGAAAGCAAAAUACAACCGGACACAGCUUACCAAAAACAGCAGGACACAUUAAUUGUAUGGUCAGAAGGAGACAAUUUCGACUUAGCACUGAGUUUUCAAGAAAAGGCUGGCUGUGAUGAAAUUUGGGAGAAAAUUUGUCAGGUUCAAGGAAAGGACCCAUCUGUGGAAAUCACACAAGAUAUUGUGGAGGAAUCGGAAGAUGAACGUUUUGAUGAAAUGUCAGAUAGUGUUCAGCCAGUUGAACUCCCAGCUUGUGAAAUGGGCCGCCUAGAAGACAUCAGUGAACUAGUAAACAGUUGUUUAGUCUCACCUGCAAGAAAGGAUAAACUAGCAGCAGCACUAGAAAGUCAGCAUUAUAUAAAAAAACUUUUAAAUCUUUUUCGUAUGUGUGAAGACAUCGAAAACAUUGAAGGCUUGCAUCAUCUUUACGAAAUUUUCAAAAGUAUAUUCCUUCUCAAUAAAAACACACUUUUUGAUACAAUGUUUGCAGAUGAUACUAUAUUUGAUGUUGUUGGUUGUCUCGAAUAUGAUCCAAGUUUGCCGCAACCGAAAAAACACAGAGAAUACUUGAAGGAGUUAGCCAAAUUUCGUGAGGCCAUUCCUAUAAAAAAUCAAGAUUUAUUAGCAAAAAUUCAUCAAACAUACAGAGUACAAUACAUUCAGGACAUUGUCCUUCCCACGCCUACAGUUUUUGAGGACAAUUUGCUAAGCACAUUGUCCAGUUUUAUAUUUUUUAAUAAGGUUGAAAUAGUGAAACUUAUAGAGGAAGAUGACAAGUAUUUAACGGAUUUGUUUAAGAUACUAAUGGAUAGUAAGACACCUGAUUCAAAAAGAAGGGAUUUGGUACUAUUUUUAAAAGAAUUUUGUAAUUUUUCACAAAACCUACAGCCGCAAGAUAAAGAUGCUUUUUAUAAGACUUUAGUUACAUUGGGUAUCCUGCCAGCAUUAGAGAUAACAUUAAGUAUAGAUGAUCAAAAGACGAAGACUGCCUCUAUAGAUAUCUUGACAUACAUUGUUGAGUUCUCACCUUCAGUUGUCAGGGAUUACACAUUACAACAAGCAAAUAAUACAGAAGAGGAGCAAAUGUUGUUAAACAUAGUAAUAGAGCAAAUGCUAAGAGACAGAGAUCCAGAACUAGGCGGUGCAGUGCAGUUAAUGGGUGUCCUCCGAAUCCUCUUGGAUCCAGAAAGUAUGCUUGCUUCAGUCAACAAGAGUGAAAAGGCAGAUUUUCUUAAUUUCUUCUAUAAGCACAGUAUACAAACACUUAUAGCACCCUUACUGGCAAACACAACAGGUGAGAAGCCUUUAAGAGAAGACUAUCAUACAGUGCAACUGUUGGGCCUUGUGCUUGAGCUUCUUGCAUUUUGUGUAGAACAUCACACAUACCAUAUCAAAACUUGCAUAUUAAAUAAGGACCUACUUCGUCGCAUUUUGGUGCUAAUGCGAUCAACACACACCUUCUUGGUGCUCGGAGCUUUGAGGUUUAUGAGGAGAAUAAUAGCACUCAAAGAUGAGUACUACAACAGAUAUAUCAUAAAGGGAAAUCUUUUUGCACCAGUUAUAGAUGCUUUUCUUAGAAAUAAUGGCAGGUACAACUUAUUAGAUUCAGCUAUUUUAGAAUUAUUUGAGUUCAUAAAGUUAGAAGAUAUAAAGUCGUUGUGUUCUCAUGUUGUGGAAAAUUACGGCAAGAUCCUGGAGGAUGUUGAAUACGUACAAACUUUUAAAGCUUUAAAGACCCGGUAUGAUCAGCAUCAGGAUAAGCUAAAAGAAAGGGACAGAGUGAGCGGCAGCGUGGGCGUGGGCGUGGGCGUGGCGGAGGCGGUGGUGCCGUCGCUGCUGCGCACGCGCUACCGGCGCGAGGCGCGCACGCCCGACGACGAGGAGGAGAUGUGGUUCAACGACGAGGACGACCUCGACGACGACGCGCCGCUCGACGCCGCGCAGCACACCAACGCGCACCACGCACUCGACGCCAUCGGUAAAAUAGUAGAGAAGAAAGUGUGUACAAGCGCGGAGACGGUGAAUGGUCCUGGGCGCGUGCUGCUGGCGGCGGCGGGCGGCAAGCCGGCGCACGCAGAUGUUCAGGGUUUGGUUGACUACGACGGCGACUCAGACGAGGAGGAGGACGGGGGCGGGGGUGAUCUGUACUUGGAUACUCCAUUUAAAUAG